UGUGCUGUAGGUUUUCUAUGUUUCUAGAGGCAGAAACAUUCUAAAGGGAGGCUGAGGCAAUCAUGACCAGCAAGGGAAGUCAAAGGUAGUCUAAAAUCAAAAGAGAGGGCAUACAAUAGAUCAAAAAUUAAUCGGAACCUAGGUGAUUGGGAAGCUUUUAAAAACCAACAGAAUGCAACUAAAAGUGCAAUAAGGAGAGAAAAGUUGAAUCACAAAGGUAAGCCAGCCAUUAAUAUAAAAGGUGAUAGCAAAAGGAUUUUCAGACAUAUAAAGAGUAAAAGAGAAGCAAGAAUGGACAUUGGACACUGGAGAGGGCUCGUAAUGGGGGACAAAGAAAUGGCAGAUGGACUUAGUAAGUGUUUGCGUUACUCUUCACGUUGGAAGAAAAUCAAGAGUGACAGGGACCAGAAGUGAGUGCAGUUGCUGUUACUGCAGCGAAGGUGCUUGAGAAGCUGAAAGGUCUGAAGGUAGAUUUAUCACCUGGAGCAGCCCAGGGUUCUGAAAGAGGUGGACGAAGAGGUUGUGGAGGCAUUAGUAAUGAUCACUCAAGAAUCACAGAUCCUGGAAUGGUUGCAGAGUGGGGGCAUAGUCAGAGAAGAGUCAGUGGGUGUGGUAUACUUGGAUUUUCAGAAGGCCUUUGACAAGGUGCCACACAUGAGGCUGCUGACAGGGUAAGAGCCCAUGGAAUUACAGGAAAGAUGCUACCAUGGAUGGAAGAUUAGCUAACUGACAGGGUGGCAGAGUGGGAAUAAAAUGGGACUUUUCUGGUUAGCUGCCAGUGACUAGUGAUGUUCCACAGGGGUUGGGGUUGGGUGCUCACCCUCUUCAUGUUAUACGGAAUGUUACUGAUAUGAAUCAUGGAUUUGAUGGCUCUGUGGCCAAGUCUGGGUAAUUGGAGGGGCAGAUAGUUUGGAGGGUCUCCAGAGGACUUGCAUAGAUUAGGAGAAUGGGCAAAGAAACGGCAGAUGCAGUGCAGUGUAUCCCAUCUGGUGAUGCACUUUGAUAGAAGCUAUAAUGGUUUAGACUGUUUUCUAAAUGGGGAGCAAAUUUAAAAAUCUUCACGCAGGACUCCCUAAAAGUUAACCUGCAGGCUGAGUCAGUGGUGAGGAAGGCAAGUGCAAUGUUAGCAUUCAUUUUGUGAGGACAAGAAUGUAAUGCUGAGGCUUUGUAAGGCAUUGUUCAGACCACAUUUGAAAUGUAGUGAGCAGUUUUGGGCCCCCGACUUAAGAAAGGAUGUCCUGGCAACGGAGAGGGUCCAGAGGAGGUUCACGAGAACGAUCCCGGGAAUGAAAGGGUUAAUAUAUGAGGAGUGUUUAAUGACUCUGAGACGGUACUCACUGGAGUUUAGAAGAACUGGGUGGAUCUCAUUGAAUGUUGAAGUGGCUAGAUAGACUGGAUGUAGUGGGAGAGUCUGGCACCCAAGGGCCCAGCCUCAAUAGAGAAACAUCCCUUUAAAACAGAGAUGAGGGAGUAUUUUUUUAGCCAGAGGGUGGUGAAUCUGUGGAAAUCUAUUUUACAGGGUAUAACAAGCAUUGGAUUGUGUAUGAACAUCUGAAACCCAACAAUCUCAUCAGAUCUUCACUGUUCUCCAGCACCUGAAUCUCGUUGAUCUUUCAACCGUGGAAUGGGAUUUGCUUGUUUUUUGCCGAGCAGUGAGGCACACUCAACUCAACUGAACUGAAAGCGCCCUGUACCCUUCCUGGAACGAGGCUUAAUCCAGCGACACAGCCGUGUGGGGAGCGGGUAAAACCAAACACGCGUUGUGUAUGUGAGAGAGAGAGAGAGAGAGAGAGUUUUCAUGAACCGACUUGGAAAGGAGCCACGCAGAAUGUAAUUUUCUUCAGACCCCUGAAGGAGCGGGAAAAGUUGCCUCGGUGAAAGCGAUCGGUCAGUCUAAAUUCCGGUGCUGUGGGGAGAGUAAUUCCCCCAUUUCAUCUGGAAUUUGGUGCAACCACAGUGAAGAGCUUCAUUAUGGAGUCAGACUUUGCCUGUUUUGUGUCUGGAAAGAUACUCACUGACUUAUCGUCCUGUUGGGAACUGCAUAGUCGUUUCAACAGUAUCACAGGCUUCUGAGCAUCUCUUCACCUGGGGAUACGUUACUCUCCUGUUGAAAACGAUAUCGUUUUUUCAUCAAUAAUACAAGCCACUGAGAAUAGGGGAUACAUUGUUCGCCUCCUCCCAGUGUGAGAGGACUCUAACCUAAUGAGACACAAGACAACUGGUGUGGAGAGGUUGUUCGUCUGUUCAGUGCGUGAGAAGGGAUUCACUCAAUCCCCUGGCCCGAUGAAGCACGAGCAAGGUCACGCCGCGGAAACGCCGUUCUCCUGCUCCGAGUGCGGGAGGGGAUUCACUCGGUCGUCCAGCCUGAUGAGGCACCAGGAGGUUCACACCGGGGAGCGGCCGUUCACUUGCACUGAGUGCGGGAGGGGAUUCACUCGGUCGUCCAGCCUGAUGAGGCACCAGCAGGUUCACACCGGGGAGCGGCCGUUCACCUGCUUCGAGUGCGGGAGGGGAUUCACUCGCUCCUCCAGCCUGAUGAGGCACCAGCAGGUUCACAGUGAGGAGGGCCCCUUCAUCUGCUCCGACUGUGGGAAGGGAUUCACUCGGCUGGCCAAUCUGCUGACACACCAGCGGGUUCACACCGGGGAGAAACUGUUUGUGUGCACCGAGUGUGGGAAGGGAUUCACGCAGUCAUCCAACCUGCUGACGCAUCAGCACAUCCACACCGGGGAGAGGCCGUUCACCUGCUCCGAGUGCGGGAAGGGGUUCACGCGCUCAUCGGACCUGAUAAUACACCAGCGGAUUCACACCGGGGAGAGGCCGUUCACUUGCAACGAGUGCGGGAAGGGAUUCACGCAGUCGUCCAACCUCCUGCGACACCAGCGAGUGCACACUGGGGAGAGGCCGUUCACCUGCUCCGAGUGCGGGAGAGAAUUCACCCGCUCGUCCCAUCUGCUGAGACACCAGCGAGUUCACACCGAGGAGAAACCCUUUGCAUGCCCCGACUGUGGGAAAUGCUACAAGCGACCCAGUGAUUUGAUGAGACACCAGCGGGUCCACACCGGGGAGAGGCCGUUCACCUGCCCCGAUUGCGGGAAGGGGUUCCUCCGCUCGUCCAACCUGGUGAUCCACCGGCGGGUCCACACCGGGGAGCGGCCGUUCAGCUGCACCGACUGCGGGAAGGCGUUCACCCACUCGUCGCAUCUGGUGAUCCACCGGCGGGUCCACACCGGGGAGCGGCCCUUCACCUGCUCCCAGUGCGGGAAGGGCUUCAAGGAUUCCUCCAGACUGCUGAUCCACCAGCGCGUCCACACCGGGGAGCGGCCCUUCAUUUGUCUGGCGUGCGGGAAGGGGUUCACCCGGUCCUCCACCCUGGUGACCCACCAGCGGGUCCACACCGGGGAGAGGCCGUUCACCUGCUCCGACUGCGGGAAGGGCUUUCUCCGCUCCUCCAACCUGGUGAUCCACCGGCGGGUCCACACCGGGGAGCGGCCGUUCACCUGCUCCCAGUGCGGGAAGGGCUUCGCCCAGUCCUCCGACCUCGUGAUCCACCAGCGGAUUCACACCGGGGAGAAACCGUUCACCUGCUCCGAGUGCGGGAAGGGCUUCAUUCGGACCUCCGCCUUGGUGAUCCAUCAGCGCCUCCACACCGGGGAGAAGCCGUUCACCUGCUCGGACUGCGGGAAGGGAUUCACUCGGUCAUCCGACCUCGUAAUGCAUCAGCGGAUUCACACCGGGGAGAGGCCGUUCACCUGCCCGGUGUGCGGGAAGGGCUUCACUCAGUCGUCCGACCUGCGGAGACACCAGCGCGUUCACACCGGGGAGCGCCCGUAUACCUGUCCCGACUGUGGGGAGGGGUUUAUAUAUACGUCCAGUCUGGCGGCCCAUCGGCAGCGGGUUCACGCCGGGGUGUGAAGUUCUCCUGCCCCUACAGGGGAGGGGCUGGUUUAUUGGUCAGCCGGAUACUGACGCAGUAGUGGGGCAGACAUUCGCCUGGGGUCCGGGGUUGACCUGGUCGCCGAAAUGCGGAGAAAUCCGCGACUUCACACCGGGGCGAAGGGCCGAAUGGACCUUAUAUAAACUUCGCAACUGCUGCCAUUCUGCGGGUGAUAAGAUAUUGGGGCGAAUCCUUGUUAUCAGGCACGGUUGUGAUUUGUUCCCGGCGAUGUUGUUAAUCUGAUACCUGGGCUGCGGUUUAACAUUCAGUAAGCCGUUUCCUUUGCUAAACACCCAGCCCACGGUACGGUACAAAGAGCGCUCACGGAACCCCCGGGUGUUAACGGGGAGCUGAGAGGCUGGGAGAGCACGAAUGAACUGGAGGGCCUCGCGGGCCAGGCAGCCCUAAUGGAGGGUAGAAGCUGGUUCAUUAUUGCCAGAUGUACAAUGGAAAAGCUGGCCCGGAUCAGUUCUCUGUGCACUGAGGGACAAUGCAAAAUAAAGUGUAACUGCCUGCUCUGAGAUGCUUUGUGAGGUCAGGGGUCUACAGAGACGCGGUGCGGUGCGGGCACCCUUUCCCCACCCUUGAGCCGCGCCACGCCGCCCAGUAACCCGGACAAUUUACAAUGACCAAUUAGCCAGAGUCGAAAGGCUGGCCGGAAUUGAACUCGGAACUCGGACCGUAAAUGCUCCGCUAUCGUGGCGCUCUUGAUGUGCAGGAGGACUGGUGACAGCCGGGUGGAAGCUGCCCUUAAGCCUGGCGGUGCAUGUUUUCCUAACUGAGUGAUGGGAGGCAGGAGAAGAGAGAACGUCCAGGGUGGGUGGAGACCAGGCAGUGAAAAGUAUAGACCUUGCCUGUCCACACCCCCUUCAGAUGGGUGGCUAUCUGUCUCACUAGUCAUUGUACAGCACAGAAACAAGGCCCUUCGGUCCAUCUAGUCCAUGCUGAACCAUUAAAACGGCCCGCUCCCAUACACCAUACCAUCCAGUCCUGUUACGCGCUGCUCCCGAUGUUAAAGUUGGCUUCAGGAUCCGAGGGCUGUUGGAAUGUUCUUGUUCUCCCCGCCACCCACCCCCAAGUCUGUGUUUACUGAUCUCUAAUGACUUUCAGGGCAGUAUAUGGUGACAUACAUUUAUUACUUGCUUACUUUGGACCUUAGCUCCCAGUGGAGCGCAGACCAUCAAUGACCUCCCAUCUCCAUCAUCCUCUGAAGUCAAUGGUAUGACUGGGGUUCAUUAACGUUUCUGUAAUCCAUUGUACCCACUGUACGGGGAACGGGUGUUUACGGCCUCACCAGAGCCUGUUGACCGGCCUUGCCCACUUCCACCUCUCACGACUGGGACGUAGGGUUGGACUUUGAGAGGUGUAACGAAUUUGCUUUGAAUUUAAGUUGUUUCAUGAGGGAGCAGCAACGUCGGCUGGGUCACCGUACCCCUCCAUACUGUAUGAUAGUGGCCGGCCUCCAUAUCUAUCCUGUGCUAUUUCCUCGUAACCUUCAAUUCCCCAACCUCUCAAAUACCUGUCGAUCAUCUUCACCUUAAAUACUGUAUCUCCACCCCUUCCACACUGACAAUCCCAGAUACUUAUUAAUCCUCUGCUGAAGAAAUCACAUGGCAGUUUUAAAUGACCAGAGCUUUAUUUUGGAACUAUGCAUCCUUGUUUGUGACUCUCAAUUGGUGGAAAAUGCUGCUAAUCAAAUUUGUUUCUGGUCACAUGUACAGUCAAAAUGCUGUUUCUCAUGCUGUCUCCACAGGUUAUAUUAUUAGUGACAGUUGUAGAAGGGGAAAAAAAAGAGAGAAUGCUUCAGGGACAGAGGAAGUGUAACGCAGGCAGCCAGUAAGGUGCAAGGGUCCUGACAAAUAGGUUUUGGGAUUAAGAAUCCAUUUUAUCAUACUUGGGAACUAUUCACUAGUGUGAAACAGCGGGAUGGAAGCUGUCCUGAAGCUGGUGUUGGGCUCUUUCAGGCUUCUGCCCAUUGGGAGGGGGUCGAAGAGAGAAGGUUUGAGGUGGGUGGUGAGUGUGGCCACUUUAUAGAGAGAGUCCAUGGAGGGGAAGCUGGUUUCUGUGAUGUGCUGAGCUGUGACCACAACUCUCUGCACCUUCUAACAGUCAUGUGCAGGGCAGAUAGUGCAUCAAACCAAGCUGUCAUGCGUCCAGAUGGGGACCCUCUACGGUGCGUUGACAAUAAUUGGUAAAGGUUGAAAAGGGGCCUGCCCAAUUUCUUUGGCCUCUUGAGGAAGUAGAGGGGCUCGUCUGCUUUUCCGGGGGAGAAUCCAUCAGUGACGUUCACUCCGAGGUACGUGGGGCUUUCAACUCUCUUGACCUCAGUACCAGCAAUCCCUGUGCGCCACUUCCCGACUUCCUGAAAUCUUCCCGAGCUCUUCCAUUUUCCUGAGGAAAAGUCAAAGUUGAUUUAUUAUCGAAGCACGUACAGUAUCUGUCCCGUAUACUUACCCUGAGUCAUUCCCUUGCAGGCAUUUACAGGAAAAUAAAGGAAAGUUCUUACACAAACAAAGACUGACAAACGACCGCUGUGCAAGAGAAGACAAAUUGUGUAAAUAAAAACAAAUAAGUAAUACUGAGAACAUGAGUUACCGAGUCCUUGAAAGUGGAGUCAGAUCAGGGCUGUGGUGAGUGAAGGAGCCAAUAACCGUCCCUGAACCUGGCGGUGUGGGACCUGAGGCUCCUGUACCUCUGCGCUGAUGCUAGAAACGAGAAGGCAGCGCAGCCUGUAUGGCGCUUGAUGAUGUAUAAUCCAUCCCCCCCCCACCCCCCCGAUGGAUGUUACCACCUUCUGGCAGUGCUCCUUGCAGAUCUGCUCAGUGAUGGGGAGGGUUUUUCCGGUGAGAGCUGGGCUGUAUCGACCACACUAUGUAGACUUUUCCACUCCUGGGCAUUAGUGUUUCCAUACCAGGCCCUGCUGCGCCCAGUUAGGAUACUCCCUACUCUAGAAGUUCAUUCUGCCGAAUAUUCACAAACAGCUAAGAAAGUAGAGGAGCUGCUGUGUCCUUGUGGAUGGGAAAGGUCGUAGCCACGAUAUCUUGCCACCAGACUCAUUAUGUGAGAUAUGGCCCAGUAUGGGGACCCACUAGACUCAUUCCAGUACCAACUCAUCGUUGCCGGAGAUACAUUCUAGUACAGGGGACCCACCAGACUCGUUCCAGCACACAGACUCAUCGUCACGAGUAAUGGCCCAGUACAGGGGGGUAUCCGAGCUGUACUCAAUAACCAGCAGCCUGAUAUAAGCUUUGCUGUUGUCCAGGAGUUAAAGCAGGCAGGAACCUCUGACGACAGCAGCCAGAACACAGAGCAACACUGUAGUGCGGGUUCUCCAGAUCACAAUGUUGUGUCAACCCUUUGGUUAAUCUAAUCCUUCGUCCCUACAUAACCCUGCAUGUUUCUAUCAUCCACGUUCCUCCCUAAGAGCCUAAGUGCCUCUAACUUAUCUGCCUCUACCACCACCCCUGGCAGAGCAUUCUAUACAUCCACCCCUCUCUGUGUAAAUAACUUACCCCCUGAAACAUUCCCCCCCCACCAUCCUUUCUUCAAAUCACCUCAUAUCUGCCCUGGGAAAAAGUCUCUGGCCUUCCCCUCUAUCUAAGCCUCUUAUCAUCUUGUACACCUCUAUCAAGUAACUUCUCAUCCUCCUUUGCUCCAAAGAGAGAAGUCCCAGCUCGCUCAAACUAUCUACAUAAUAGACAAUAGACAAUAGGUGCAGAAGUAGACCAUUCGGCCCCUCGAGUCUGCACCGCCAUUCUGAGAUCAUGGCUGAUCAUUCACUAUCAAUACCCAGUCCCUGCCUUGUCCCCAUAUCCCUUGAUUCCCCUAUCCAUCAGAUAUCUAUCCAGCUCCUUCUUGAAAGCAUCCAGAGAAUUGGCCUCCACCGUCUUCCGAGGCAGUGCAUUCCACACCUCCACAACUCUCUGGGAGAAGAAGCUCUUCCUCAACUCUGUUUUAAAUAACUGACCUCUUAUUCUCAAUCCAUGCCCUCUGGUACUGGACUCUCCCAACAUCUGGAACAUAUUUCCUGCCUCAAUCCUAUCAAAUCCUUUAAUUAUCUUAAAUGUUUCAAUCAGAUCCCCUCUCAAUCUCCUCAAUUCCAGCGUGUACAAGCCCAAUCUCUCCAAUCUCUCUGCAUAAGACAGCCCUGCCAUCCCAGGAAUCAACCUAGUGAAUCUACGCUGCACUUCCUCAAUUGCCAGAAUGUCCUUCCUUAAACCUGGAGACCAAAAUUGUACACAAUAUUCCAGGUGUGGUCUCACCAGGGCCCUGUACAAAUGCAAAAGAACAUCCUUGCUCUUGUAUUCAAUUCCCUUUGUAAUAAAGGCCAACAUUCCAUUUGCCCUCUUCACUGCCUGUUGCACUUGCUCAUUCACCUUCAUUGACUGGUGAACUAGGACUCCUAGGUCUCUUUGCAUUUCUCCCUUACCUAACUCUACACCGUUCAGACAAUACUCUGCCCUCUUGUUCCUGCUUCCAAAGUGGAUAACUUCACAUUUAUAUAAGACGUGCUCUCUAAUCCAGGUGGCAUCCUGGUAAAUAUUCUCCACACCUUUCCUCUAAAGAGACAACCAGAACUGAACACAAAAUUCUAAGUGUGCUCUAAUCAGAUCUGUAAUAUCACCUUGCAGCUCCUGAACUCGAUUCCUCAACUAAUGAAGGCCACCACAGCAAACACCUUCUUAACAAGCCUAUCAAUUUACACAGCAACUAUGGAUGUAGACCCCCAAGAUCCCUCUGUUCUUCCACACUUGCAAGAAUCCUGCCACUUGGCCUGUGUUCUGCCUUCAAAUUUGAGCUUCCGGAAUGAAGCACUUCACACUUUUCCGGGUUGAGCUCCAUCUGCCAUUUCUCAGCCCAACUCUGCGUCCUGUCAAUGUCCCGUUCUAACCGCCAACAAGCCUCUACACUAUCCACAUCUCCACCAACUUCUCAGCCCAUCUCUGCAUCCUGUUGUAACUUCUGAGAAGCGCCUACACUAUCCACAACACCACCAACCCUCAUGUCACCUACAAACUUAGUAACCCACCCUUAUGCUUUCUUGUCCAAAUCAUUUUAAAAAUCACAAAGAGAACGAAUCCCAGAACACCACUGGUCACCAACCGACAGGUAAAAUAUGCUCCCUCCUCUCUGCCUUCAAGGGGCAAAACAAUAUCUCCACACAGCCAAGUUUUUCUUGGAUCCAUGGAUGAGGGAGGUUUCUUGAGGUGUACAAAGUUAUGAGGGGUAAAUGCAAGCAGACUUGAGACUAGAAGUGGGGAUCAGGGGUUAAGGGUGAAAGGUGAAAUGUUUCAAGGGAACAUGAGUGGGAAUUUUUUCCCUCAGAGGGUGGUGAGACGACUGAAGUGAAGGAUUUGGGUUUAAUUUCAACAUUUAAGAGAAGUUUGGAUAAGUUUGGGAGGGAGAAUAGAGGGCUAUGGUCCAGGUGCAGGUUAAUGGGACCAGGCAGAGUACUGGUUCAGCACAGAUUAGAUGGGCUGAAGGGCCUGUUUCUCUGCCAAAGUGUUCUAUGAGUCUAUGCUGAGUAUGGGACCACCAUGACUGCUUUUUGCUUUUGUCUUUCCUUUGUUCUCUUUUGUCAUCUUUCAUGUUUAUGUUCUGGCCUUGUAACAUUUAAUAAAUGGCCAUAAACGA